GUGCUCUUGGUCGAUCUACAGGUCCCCAGAUUUAAGAGAAUUCACUUUCGCUUUCAGACUCCAGUGCCUGAAAUAACAAUCAGAAGUCAUUAAAACAGAAGUCUAAGGACCCAAGGACUUUGGGUGUAUGUUUGAACAAAUGAUGGAGGGUGGCCACCGACCAGCCUCGCUGGAUGGCACAUCACGCUGUGCUCAAUGGGCAGCACCCAGAGAGCCCACCACCCCGGACUGGCACACAACUACAUGAACCAGCUCAGCUGCUGCCCCCGGAUGAGGUGGAUGUGUUUUUUAACCAUCUGGAUUCCCAGGGAAAUCCCUACUAUGCCAACUCUGCCCAUGCCAGGGCAAGGGUCUCCUACAGCCAGGCACAUGCUCGCCUGACUGGCAGCCAGAUGUGCCGACCACACAUCCUGCACAGCCCUGGACUUCCUUGGCUGGAAAGUGGCAAGUCGGCCCUAAGUGCUGCCCACCAUCACAACCCCUGGACAGUCAGCCCAUUCGCCAAGACCCCUCUGCACCCCUCUGGCGGCUCCCUGUAUCCUGGUGGAGGCUCCUCGGGGGGCCCAUCUUCUUCCCACUCCAGCCCGCACCUGUUCGGCUUCCCCCCUACCCCACCCAAGGACGUGUCCCCCGACCCUGGCAGCGCAGCCUCCCCAACCUCCUCUCGGAUGGAGGACAAGGACAGUAUCAAAUACCAGAUGUCCCUGUCUGAAGGGAUGAAAAUGGAGGGGGGCAGUCCCCUGCGGAGCAGCCUGGGACACAUGGGCGCUCAGUCAUCUACCCACCACCCUAUCCCAACCUACCCAUCCUAUGUACCUGCACCACACGAGUACAGCAGCGGUCUCUUCCCUGGCAGCUUGCUGGGGGGACCAGCUUCCAGCUUCACCCCAAAACAGAGGAGCAAGAGCAGAUCGUGUUCAGGGAGAGAAUGUGUCAACUGUGGAGCUACAGCCACCCCAUUGUGGAGGAGAGACGGGACCGGCCACUACCUCUGUAACGCCUGUGGGCUCUACCACAAAAUGAACGGUCAAAACCGACCACUCAUUAAACCGAAACGGCGACUGUCAGCAGCAAGACGAGCAGGCACCUGUUGCGCAAACUGCCAGACGACCACAACGACCUUAUGGCGACGCAAUGCUAACGGAGACCCAGUGUGUAACGCCUGCGGAUUGUACUACAAGCUGCACAAUGUGAAUAGGCCCCUGACCAUGAAAAAGGAAGGAAUUCAGACCAGGAAUCGGAAAAUGUCCAACAAGUCCAAGAAAAACAAGAAAGGAUCAGAGUGUUUUGAGGAACUUUCCAAGUGCAUGCAGGAGAAGUCUUCUCCUUUCAGCGCGGCGGCCCUGGCCAGUCACAUGGGGCCCAUGGGUCACUUGCCUCCCUUCAGCCACUCCGGCCACAUUUUGCAGACGCCGACCCCUAUCCACCCUUCUUUUGGGCACCCACACCCAUCCAGCAUGGUAACAGCAAUGGGAUAAACAACAAAAAAAUAGAGACUUCUGCAGACUUGAACUCGAGCAUGUGGGCAUUGCCUGGGUUUUAGGCGCCCAAAUCCUCCUAAGAAGACAAUGGAGAAGUGUCUUGCACCUCGUCUGUUGCAUCAGAUAGGCCUUUGCACUGGACUUAAGCAGGACCUUUUUGGUGGGACUAGAUAAGCACUUUCCUCCCUCCGGACUGGAAAUUAAAAAAAAAAAUUAAAAAAGGAAUAAUCUGUUUUCCACUGACCAACUCACAGUGAAGGUAAAAAAAAAAAGGUGGAUAUAGCGGGCUUUUAUCUUUUUUUUUAUUUUUAUUAUUACUGUGAAUAUUGUAAAUAUGUUAACCGUCUCUUGUGGGUGAAAAGGACCCAGUGAUUGAUGAUGCUGGAUUUGUACUGCAGACUCAUUUCAAAUGGACAACUUUAUAUAUUAAAAAAUAUUAAAAUUAUAAUGCUUAAUUUUAAAAGAAAAAAAAAAUAUUUAUUUUUGCUCCUGAUGUUUUUUUUUUUUUUAAUUGCAUCACUGGCCUCGUCAUGAGGUCAUCUGGCCUGUAAGCUUUACUCUUUUUUUUUUUUUUUAUGCGUUGCCACCCUUCUUGGACUUAGACCACCACAACAUGCUUGACCUGAGUUUAACCCCUUCUGCUGCUGGAAGGCUGUCGGUGAAGAGGUCUUAGAAUAAGAGACCAUGAAAGAAAACAUUGAAAAUUAUUUAAUGUGGUUCUUUUUAAGUGAUUGCACCUGGUUUUAAGGUUUUGAGGCUUUUUUUUUUUUUUUUUCUAAAUUAAGAUACUCAUUGGCUUCGUUUCUCGACAUUCUUCGGGUUCACAUACCAGGUUGUCUUACAAUACAAUGUGCUUUAUUUAAAUCUGAAAAAAAAAAAAAAAAAGUCUCUAAACUUAGCUAGCAUAAUUCAAAAUGGCUUCUUUGUUUUACUGUAAGAUUGUUAGCUCUUUGAGCGAGCGAGAUGAAAUCCAGGAACGCUUUCACUGUCUUUGUAACUAUCAACCAAACUUUGCUAGCAAAGGCUGAUUCUGACGCUAAAAGUAGUUGACUCAACAAAAUUCUGGCGUUAUAUAAAGCCAGCGCUGAAAAAAACCUACACGUGGCAUGUAACUGAAAACAUGUAUGAUCACCAAAGACCAAAUGUUUUUGUUUUUAAAAAUGUAAUAAUGUGACCGUGUAACGUAUUAAAUGCUUACCCCCCCCUCCCCCACCCCUUCCCAAAGCAUUCUACUGUUAACAACUUAACAUAAUGUCAUUAUGUAUAUAUUAUUUAAAUAAAGAGAGCGAACCUGGGUGGAGGAAAAAUAUAGCUAUAGACAGUGAACUAAAUCUUGUAUCUAAUGGCAGAUGUACAAAAAAAUUUUUUUUGUAAUGAACAUUCCAGCAAUUAUAUAAAACGAAUAUAAAUUGCAGUCAUUUCGUUAAACAAUGUAGGGGCCAACUCAGAUUAGAAAAAGGCUUAAAAAAAAAAAAAAAGGUCAAGGGGACAGGCUUAGUUGACUUGCGUGUGACGGUUGAAAUUAGAUCAGAAAAAAAAAGAAAUGCUUGCUGGGGUUUGCGCCCGAUGUUAAAAUGUGGUCCUUUAAAAUUUCUUUAAACUCUUGCUAGCCAGAAAAUUCAUCAGGAAUUUAUUCUGACGGUUUGGCUGUAUAGAGGGUUAAUGCUUAAUGGUACAAGCUGUACAUUAUUUUGUACCUUUUUUUAUUUUUCAUUUUUUUUUUUUUUUUUAAAGGGUGGGUGGGGUACAGGAACAUAUUACUGAUACAAGAGUAACUGAAUAGUGCAAUAUCUUGCCAGCCUGCAGUUUGUAUCUGGGGGCCCAGAAAUAAAUUAUUUUGUAUCGGUAGCCGCAUAAAAUUAUACAGUAUUUUUUUUUACAUUGUUUUGAUUAGUGACCUUAAGUUAUUGUUGAUUCUGUACACCAUGUUUAUAUAUUGUCUGUAAAAAAAAUUGUAUGCUAUCCUCCCAUUCAAUGAAGGUGAAUACUAAAAAUAAAAGGAACUUUUUUGUGCAA